AGGAGAAGAAUAAAACCGUUAAAAGAAGCGGAAGAUCAUGUUCUCCGUUGCAUCGACAAGACCGACGCACUGGAGGCCAAACACAUAAACUAUUAUAAAGGUAGGUUUGUAAAUCACUUCGAUGUUGUUGUGACUGAUUGUGAUUAGCACUACGGCGCUCCCCACAUGACGCGGGAAAUAUAAAUAUAUAACUUCUCAUGGCUAUGAAUUGGAUGUCUUCCACGAAUUAAUUAUGAAACUGCUAACACCAGGGAAUAAAAUGUGAAUUCCUGGCCACGAAUAAACAAGGCAGCGAAAGAUUUCUUAUUUUUGCUUCCACUAUAUAGCAAAGAGCCUAUAGUACUGUAUAGUAAGGCCUAGGUAUUGCUAGCAGCACUGGGUUUCUUAAUUGGUAACGUUAUGUGUGAGUCACAUACGUUUUAAAUAUGAUUUAAGUGGUUCAAAAAUACUAAAUAAGUAACCAUGAUUAUUUUAUGGGAUCUGGGUCCAUUGGGAUAUAAAGGAUAAUGUUAGUGUUGUUUGUUUUAGCAGUUUUAAAUUGCUCUUUGUGAUUUUAUAUGUAAAUUAAUGAAAGAAAUACGCAUGAGCUAUGAAAGAAUGUUGAAUACAUUGGUUAAACUAAUACAAAGCAUAAAAGUUGUUUACAGUUGGCUAACCAUCAACAUAUUAGUUACAUGUCUACAAUGAAUUUUAUUAACAAUUGUAUUUACCCCCCUCCCCCCACCUUUUUUCAGGUCGUGGAGUCUUUGCCUUAAUUCCUUUUAUUAAAGGAGAUUUUGUUGUCGAAUAUAGGGGAGAAAUGAUUAGCUUAAUUGAAGCCGAACAAAGAAGAGAGGCCAAUCAAGACACUUUUUUUAUGUUUGACUUCAUCUGGCAGAACAAGAAAUGGAGCAUUGAUGCAACUCAUGAGGAUGGCACCCUUGGCCGCCUUAUAAAUGAUGAUCACAUAAACCCAAAUUGUACAAUGAAAAGGAUUAUCGUUGAGGGAAAACCCUGUUUGUGCCUAUUCGCUGCAAGAGAUAUCAUUCCUGGAGAGGAACUCACAUAUGACUAUGGAGGAAGUCACUGGCCUUGGAGAAAGCCUCCAUGCAAGGAUGAUGACAACACGACAGCUAUAGAGAACUGCUCUGAUGAUUCUGUAACUACUGAAGGCACUUCACGAUUCACAGCUGAGCCUCCAUGGAAGGAUGAUGACAACAUGACAGCAAUAGAGAACUGCUCUGAGGAUUCUGUAACUACUGAAGGCACUUCACGAUUCACAGCUGAGCCUUUGGUUGAUUACUCGGACACCGAAGAUGAAGUUUUGUGUUCUAAAAUUAAGACAUCUUAUAAAAAGAGAUCUGUGAUUCAUGAUGAUUCGGAUGAUCUCUUUGAAAAUUCGAGUGUAAAUGGUAAAGAUGACCAAGACAUUCAACGUGACGUCAGACAGAAUCAUGCAUCAUUUGCAAUGAGUGAACAACAUUCCGCUUGUACCACAGCAUCCAAAAGAGCAAAAAACACAAGAGCUAGAGGGAAGAUCGCGGAGUACUCGGAUGUUUCGAGCGAAGAUGAGUUAUCUGUUAGUGAGGAAGAGUACAUUCCUGAUACAUCAGAGAGUUACACAUCAGAUAGUAGCAUGAGCUUUACUGCUUCACCAAAGGGUAAAGAAAAAAAGUUACAGACUUUGCCAGUCCGGAGCAGUUCAGCUGUGAACAGAAUCAAAAAGUUCAGUAUUCAAAGCAGCGGUGACUUAGGGGGCUCCCAGAACCACGACAUAGCCAAAGUUCCUGACACAUCUUCCAUUCUUGACAGCGCAACAUCAGUAGUUAUCCCAGCUGUAAUUAAAAAGAGAGGUGGAUUGAGAAUGUACAGCAAAAAACAACAGUGCUUUUUUUGUGAAGGUGCUUUUACAAAAAUUUCUAGACACCUGGAACGAAAGCAUAGAAAUGAGGUAGAGGUAGCAAAAGCGUUAAGUCAUCCAAAGGGCUCAAAAGAAAGGAGGAUGCAACUUGAGUAUCUACGUAACAAAGGGAACUUUGCUUACAAUAGUACUGUUAUUAAUACAGGUGCAGGACUGAUGAUUCCGCGGAAACUGCCCAAAAAGAACCUGGAGGGGGAAAGUUUUAUGCACUGCAUUUACUGCAAAGGACUCUUCUUAAAAAAAACUUUGUGGCGACAUGUCAAGGUUUGCAAAUUCAAGCCUGGUGAUGAGAAGCCGAAACCUGGAAAAACCCGUGUCCAGGUUCUUUGUGGCUUUGCACAACCUCCCCCACCAGGAGUAACUCAUGGUGUUUGGAAGCUGUUAAAUUCCAUGAACCAGGACCAAGUGGCACUUGAGACUAGAAAUGACUGGUGCAUUUUAGAGUUAGGAAAGCAUCUUUACAACAAGUAUGGAUCGAGAGUUAAAAUGCAUGAACACAUCCGCCAAAAGAUGAGGGAGCUUGGAAGACUCCUAAUAUGUGCAAGAGAGGUAUCCCCCCUUACAUCUAUUAAAGAGCUCAUUCAUCCCACAAACUUCAUGCAUACCAUCAAUGCAGUUAAAAGGGCUGCUGGCUACAAUGAAGAGACCAAUGUAUUUGAAAAGGCUAGUGUGGCUGUGAAACUUGGACAGAGUCUGAACAAAAUCGCAAUGCUCAUUGAGAGCCACUCUACUAUUAGAGGAGACGAAAAGACAGGAAAAAUUGCGAACAGUUUUCAACAGCUUUAUAAGUCCAGAUGGCCCGAAUACAUUUCUACAACAGCCCGGCGAACACUGGAGGAAGCAAAAUGGAAUUCCCCACAAUUACUUCCAUUCACAGAAGAUGUUAAGCUCCUUCAUAUAUAUCUUGACGAGCAAGAGAAGACCCAUCGCAAACUCUUGUUAACACAGCCAUCAUCUCAGCACUGGGCAAAACUGGCCAAGAUCACGUUAACUCAGGUUAUGCUUUUCAAUCGUAGACGAGAAGGGGAAGUGUCACAAAUGCCAUUGUCUGCAUACAUCUCCAGCAACCAAUCGGAUGCUCAUCCAGAUAUUAGCAUGGCCCUCACAGAUUUAGAAAAUAAACUGUGUCAGUACUUCAAGCGUGUAGAAAUUAGAGGCAAAAGAGGCAGAAAGGUUCCCGUGCUUCUCACACCUUCCAUGCAAGAAUCAAUCAGCCUGCUUCUUGAAAAUCGGAAUACCUGUGGAAUUCCAAAUGAAAAUCCUUUUCUCUUUGCACGCCCGUAUGCAAUGACAUUUUUCAGAGGCUCUGAUUGCAUUCGCGAAUUUGCUGUUGCAUGUAGUGCAAAAAAUCCUCAGACUCUUACAUCAACAAAGUUGAGAAAACAGAUCGGGACACUUUCUGAAGUUCUUAAUCUUAGCAACACAGAGUUAGAUCAGUUGGCAGACUUUCUAGGCCAUGACAUUCGAGUUCAUCGUCAAUUUUACAGGUUACCCGAAGGCACCCUCCAACUGGCCAAAAUUAGUAAAAUUCUUCUGGCCCUCGAAAAAGGACGCUUGGCAGACUUUAAAGGGCGAAAUCUUAAUGAAAUCAACAUAGAUCCAGAAGAGGAAGUUACAGUGGACAGUGAUUUGGAGGAGUCCACUUCUAGUCCAAAAGAGUGCACCACAGUAUCAUCAUCACAGCACACGGUUUGUGAGAACGGCACACUUCCAGCAGACCCAGUCUCCAAAAAAAGAGAGGUAUGAUAAUACUUAGGUAUGAUGAUACUUCACUUAAUGCCGAUUGUCCUGAAAAAAAAGUGAAUUUUACCGUAGUACAGUGCUGACUUCGUAGCCUACUUUGACUGAAUUCUUUGCUUGCUUUAUUUAUUUCUUCUU